GCAGCGGGACACCGGGAACAGCGGGAACAGCGGGAACAACGGGACACCGGGAGCAGCGGGACACCGGGAGCAGCGGGACACCGGGAGCAGCGGGACACCGGGAUUGCCGGUCCCGCGGAGCCGGGAUCGGCGUUCCCGGCCCAGUUUGAGACGCGCCCCGGCACCGGGAGCACCGGUCAGGCUGGGAGCGGCCAUGAGGGACUCGCCUGGAGUUGGAUCCCUGCGGAGCCUCGUCCAGCUCGCCUGGCUGUGCCUCUUCUCCUCCGUGCCGCACGGCGGGGCCAAAGUGCUGGAGAAGACCUUCGAGGAGUGGCUGCGGUACCGUGACGAGUGCCUGCGGAGGAUGGCGAGCGAGCCCUACCCGGCAGGGCUGUUCUGUAACAGGACAUUUGACAUGUACGCCUGCUGGCCCGACGGGAGCCCUGGCACCGCCGUCAACGUCUCAUGCCCCUUCUACCUGCCCUGGUUUGAGAAAGUGAAACACGGGCUGGUGAGCCGCAGGUGUGGCACCGACGGCCAGUGGGUGACAGUGAACGGCAGCCAGCCCUGGAGGGACUACUCGCAGUGCGAGGAUGAGCUGGAGGUCACUGCUGAGGAGGAAGGCGCCCGCCGGCUCAUGGUCAGCUUCAAGGUGCUCUACACCGUGGGCUACUCGCUGUCGCUGCUCACCCUCAUCUCCGCCCUGCUCGUCCUCACCGCCUGCAGGAACCUGCGCUGCACCAGGAAUUACAUCCACGCCAACCUGUUCGCCUCCUUCGGGCUGCGCGCCACCUCGGUGAUGGUGAAGGACGCGCUGCUGGAGCGGCGCUGGGGCGUGGAGCUGGUGCAGGUGGCGGACUGGGAGGCUCUGCUGAGCCACGAGGCGACGCUGGGGUGCCGUGCAGCGCAGGUGCUGAUGCAAUACUGCAUCCUGGCCAACCACUACUGGUUCCUGGUGGAAGCUGUCUACCUCUACAAGCUGCUCAUCGGGGCCGUGUUCUCUGAGAAGAAUUACUACAGGCUCUACCUCUACCUGGGCUGGGGGACCCCCGUGGUGUUCGUGGUGCCCUGGAUGGCCGCCAAGUACCUGAAGGAGAACGCGGAGUGCUGGGCCCUGAAUGAGAACAUGGCUUACUGGUGGAUCAUCCGCAUCCCCAUCCUGCUCGCCUCCCUGAUCAACCUGCUCAUCUUCAUGCGGAUCCUCAAGGUGAUCCUGGCCAAGCUCCGGGCCAACCAGAAGGGCUACGCCGACUACAAGCUGAGGCUGGCCAAAGCCACGCUGACCCUCAUCCCCCUCUUCGGGAUCCACGAGGUCGUUUUCAUCUUCGCCACGGACGAGCAAACCACGGGCAUCCUGCGCUACAUCAAGGUGUUCUUCACCCUCUUCCUCAACUCCUUCCAGGGCUUCCUGGUGGCUGUGCUGUACUGCUUUGCCAACAAGGAGGUGAAGUCCGAGAUGAAGAAGAAGUGGCAGCUCUGGAAGCUCGACCACCCGGUGCUCUGCUGUGCCCAGUGAGGUGGUGACCAGCCAGGGCAGAGGGGCUGCUGGCCACGAUGGCCACAGGGCCUGGCUGCAGGGCUGAGGCUGCAGAAGCUGUGCUGGGCAGUGCCCACCUGGGAUGGCCAGGCUGGGACGGGUGUCUGGCUGUGCCACACUGGAGCUGCUGGAAGGGACAUCCCUGCUGUGACCCGAGUGGGAGGUGGCACCCCGGGCUCUCGCCAGGCAUUGCUGUGUGGGCAGCCCUGCUGCUUCUCGCCCUGCCUGAGCACCUGCAGAGCCUGGCAGCCUCCCCCAGGACACCUCCCACACAGGGAACCCGUGGGACACCCACAGCCCCCUGGGCACCUGCGGGAGGGAUCACAACAGGCAGGGGCAGCCUGGUCCUGCAGUGGCAAUGGGAGAUGCUGCCACACCACAGCCAGGGCUUCCCUGUCCCCGUGUCCCAGCCCAGGACCAUCUCAGCAGGCAUCCACAGCCACCCUGUAAAGCUCUGCACAGCGAGGGGCUGCUCCUGCUCCCACCCUCAUCACCGACACAGAACAGCAGCUCCCAUCCCCUCCUCACUGCUCUCCAGCUGCACAAACCCCGGUGCCUCCUGCAUGGGCAGAGCCAAGGAUGGAGCCCCAAAACCAUUUGGGAGUGAAGGAUUUGAGAGCAGCAACUCACUGGGGCAGAGCCCAACCUCCCCCAUGCCAGCAUCCCCCAGGUUCAGCAUCCAGCCCAGCCUCCCCUGCUUUGUGCAGGGAAAGCUGGAUUGCCAGCCUGGCAGGAGCUCAGGCACCAAAGGCUCAAAUCCUGGGAGUUUGCUUUCCAGUGGGGUGCCAAAGCAUCCUCCCCCCCGGCCAAGCAGGCUGUGGAUCCCAGGAAGCCCAGGAGGAAGGGAAGCAGCUGCGGUGGUGUGGUUUGAGCAGGGCUGCACCUGUCCUGGAGCAGCUGGAGACAUCCCCAGCCCCCUGCUCUGGCCCACGGGAGCAGCACAGACACUGCCAGAGCUCGUUCCCACCACAUUCCUUCCUUUGCCAUGCACAAGUCCCCUCCAGGAGGAGGAAGCAGCUGGGAGCUCAAGGAGAUGCCCAUGGACACGGGAGGUUCUCCAGGCCCUGCCUCUUCCCCGAGGGGCUGGGGGAGCCUCUCCCAGUGCCUCAGGGAGGAGCUGCCUCGAGCACACAAAGCAAAGAGGCUGCACGAGCCUGGAGUCACGGUCCUGGAUCGAUGGAACCCCCACGAGACCAAUUUACACAUCAACUCUCUUUUCAGAUGUAAAUAAAUAUUUAUUUUUCAAAAA